CUUCAAUGUUCUUCCUGGAGGCUGGAGCUGAGAUUUUGUGAAAAUAUAGUCAAACAGUGGAAGCGUAGAUUAGAAGCUGAUAGGGAGAGGAAACAAAUGGUGCAGUACCUUUUGAUGAUCACGGCGGAGCUGGAGAACCUCACCAACCUUCAGCCCCAAGGCGGUUCUGACGAUGUCAACUUCCCCUUCAUGUUCAAGCUGAAAUGCGGUUGUGGUGAGGUGACUGAGAAGGAGACAUGUGUGAGCUUGAAUGAAACUGUUCCACUUCCUACAGGCAGGGGGAAUGCACACCUUGUACAGAAGUGCAAGUUCUGCGGAAGGUCUGGAAAUUUGACCAUGAUCACUGGCCAAGGCCGUCCAUUGACUCAGGAAGCUAGUCAAGCAGGAUCAUUUAUGCCUGUAAUGGCCUUUGAUUGCAGGGGUUUUGAGCCUCUGGAAUUUCACUUUGGUGGUACAUGGCAAGCUGAAUCUAUUGAAGGAACAAAAUUCGAGGGCAUUGACUUGUCUGAAGGGGAGUACGCUGACUAUGAUGAGAAGGGGGAAUGCCCAGUUAUGAUUUCCAACCCUCGUGCAAAAUUUACAGUGGUGAAGUAGGUAAAUGGAAGGAAAAUUGAUGUUUAACUGACCGUGUAUAAAUGCAUAAAAAGUUUGAGCAUUUUCCUUGCAAGCAGUUUAUGUUCAACCUAAUGUGCAUGGUAUAAAAUCAGCAGAGCUCUAGCUUUGGUAAUGAAAGUUUAUCUCUGAGUGAGUCUCAUUAAUGCCUAAAUUGAUGAAUUGGGACUUCUGCUAUGUUUCCAGAAUACUGCAUGAAAUUUAUUGGAGUGCUUUGCAUAAUAUGUAUGAUUCCUCUA